GUAAAGGUAGUCGAAGGUAGUAAAGGAACAUGACAUUCAUUCGUAACCCUCUGUAAAUAGGAUCAUUGUUGUAGUGCAGGAAUUACUUUUAAACGGAAAACCAAGGUUUAGGGUACCUUCGAAUCCGAUCACCAUUGUGGUGAUCUACUCCCCGGAGAAACGAGCGAUUGUGGUGGAAAAGGGAGGCUGGAUUUGUUUUAUGAAAAUACAGUUCGUGCUCCCUCUCCUUCCGCCCGGUGUUGAUGAUGACCGGCCUAUGUUGAUUGUCGUUCGGUCAGCUUCGUUGGCCUUUUGAUCGUCCGGUCCCCUGGGUGCAAUCGCAGGAAGAAAGAUCGUUGAAGCUAAUAAUUCAAUUAGACAUAAUUGUUGAUCGACUCGAUUGGACACACGCAUACUUUUACCUUUUUCGACGGCCAAGGCAAAACGGCAUCGUACGGCCGGCGCUGUGCACGCGGUGUGUGACGGUAAUAGGUGACGAUUCGAUUGAUGAUCUCGACGAUCUCGAGGCGCCCUUACCGAGAUGGUUCUUAGUACCGUCCGGAAGGUGAGACCGGUGCGAUCUCGUGCUCGCGCGAUCCUCGGCAGUAUGGAACGUUCCACCUGUUGUAGCUUGACCGUGCUUCUGUUUGGCAUGUGCUGCUGCAUGCAGCUGCUAGUGGACGGUGUCAACGUUAGCAUUUCGAACCAAACGAUCCAACCGGUGAACGGCGGGAGUGUGUUAUCGGUGACAGAGAAGCUCCCGGCCGGGAGGAACGUGUCCGAUCCGGAGGAGAAUGAUAACUGUACGGAUGUCGACAUCCGGAACGAUCUGCACCGGUUGCGACAGAUUGAGAACUGUACCGUGAUCAACGGGUUCUUUCACAUGGUGCUGAUCGAACGUGUACCCAGUGAGGAGUUUGAUCGAUAUGUCUUCACGAAGCUGAGGUAGGCAGACAGGUAGCAUCCGUUAGAUUAUGACGAAUCACGAUUUCCAUGUAGUGUGUAAGGGAAGAAGCAGGUGGGUCAGUUGUUGUGUUACACUUCGCCUAGCCUAUAUCUGUCGAACCGCCGCGUAGGGUACUAGAAUGAUCCUUCGACAAUCGAAUCGACAAAACUGUACAAAACGAAAGGACAAGGAUUCAAAGAACCGAGCUAGAUAUUCGCCCACCUGCUUGAAAGUGUUAUACGCGUACAUCUACUUAUCUCUCUCUGCGAUCAUUGUUCUCCGUACGAUCGAGAAAGCGAGAAGAAGUGGGGAUGCUGCCCCGAUGGCGCAAUCUCGCGCCAGUAGGAGAAGUGUAUUCGAAUUGCUGUACUCUACUUAUACUAUUACCUAAGUGCACGCCGCCUUGUGUUGCGAUCGGUUUUAAGUGAUCAAUGUGAUACAUUACGAGAAGAUAAAAAAGAUUCAAAGACAAACACGGUUCAGGAGUGGACGGUAAUCUCUCUUUCUCUCUUUCUCAUCCUUCUUUAUCUGUAACUUACCGGUGGCGAACUUCACUUCGACCACCCAAUAAUGAGGAUGAUCAUUUAGUAUCACCGCGAUGAUAGUGUAGCCGAUAAGUGUGUAUUCCAGAACAGAAGGACUCCAUAUAUCUUUAUAUAAAUAUAUUGACAUGUAUAUCGAACGGUAUGUUAGCUAGCAUGAUUUCUCCUAAUCGCGUACCGUGACAUUUGUGUAGUGGUGGGUUAGCAUAAGUGCCGGUAUCUUGUAUCUUUUGAACGCGUUGAAGACGAACAAAUGGAGAAUGAGAAAAUGAAAAAUCGGAAAUAAUCUUACCUAUCAAAACUAUAA